AUGAAGAAAGUGUAUUUAGCUGUAGUUGCUAGUAAUAUUGGAAUGAUGUCAUAUGGUUUAUUCUUUGGUUGGUCAUCGCCUUCAUUGCCUCUUCUGUUGCAAGACGAGAGUCCUAUACCUUUAACGUUGCAACAGGCUACAUGGGUCUCAUCUAUUUUCACCAUGGGUGGUGCUAUCGGUUCACUACUUUCUGUUUACAUCGUAAACGUAAUUGGCAGGAAGUCGACCUUCGCUUCCACUGCUAUACCAGCAGUGAUAGGAUGGAUGAUGAUUGCUUUCACGACAUCAGUAUGGGUAUUAAUCGUGGGCAGAUUUAUUUGUGGAUUAAGUACUGGAUUUGGUUACACUUCGGCCACCAUGUAUAUAGGUGAAAUUUCGCCUGCUGACAUACGCGGAAUACUAACGUCCACGUUGACCGUAGCCGCGAAAUUUGGUCUGUCCGUUAGUUGGACGAUAGGACCGUUUCUCUCCGUGAGAGACUUCGCGCUUGUGUCGUCAUUGAUACCAGUUCUUUUCUUCGCGAGUUCGAUAUCAUUACCGGAAUCUCCAUAUCACUUAAUGCGUUGUGGCAGACACCAAGAGGCGAUAAAAUCUCUCAUGCAACUAAGGGGGUCCAAGGAUGUUUCGAAAGAAGCGGACAUCAUCGACAAAUCUAUAAAAUUCGAUUUGGCUAACAACACUGGAUUAUGGGAGUUGAUCAGCGUCUCCGGCAACCGAAAAGCGUUAGCGGUUGUGAUGAGUCUGUUCAUAAUUCAACAAUGGAGUGGGAGUUUGGCUAUACUAUCGUAUGCUGAACUGAUUUUCAACGCGACAAAUAACGAUUUUGAGGGGAAGUACGUGACCAUGGUCCUAGGAGGUGUGCAAGUAGUGUUCACCGUGAUCAGCGCGUCCGUGGUGGAUCGCUACGACAGGCGGACUCUGCUCCUAAUUUCCGCAUCGGGAGUUUCUAUCUCCACUUUCCUCAUUGGUUUAUUUUUUUUCCUUCAACAUAUGCAAAUGGACGUCAGUGAGAUCAUUUGGUUGCCAGCAGCGGGAUCGAUACUCUAUAUUGUAAUGUACUCCUUCGGCCUGGCCGCACUUCCGUUCACCAUGAUGAGCGAGGUUUUUCCUACAAAUGUUAAAGCCCUCGGCAGCACGAUUGGAAUGCUGUGCUGCAAUUCUUGCGCCUUUAUCGUAACUCUCUCUUAUCAGAAUAUCGUUGAACACGGCAUACACAUUGCGUUUUGGCUGUUCUCCUCGACCACUGUUUUAGGCAUCGCUUUUAUAUAUUUUUGCGUGCCCGAGACGAAGAGGAGAACGUUGCAGGAGAUACAACAGCAGUUGCACGGAUACAAAUUGUAA